UGCUGGAACUGGGGACUGAGGAAACGUGCUGUUCGGAUUGUCCUCUUCCUGUUUACUCUGAAGGAAGUCUCAGGGAGUGAGUGAGUUUGCGUUAAAUAACCAAGCGUAGGUUGUGGAGUUUUGUAGAAACGUCCUUGGAAAAUAGCUCCGCUGCGUUCAGGAAACUUGCUUGAGUUAAUAUGCAUCAGAUUCGGCUGCAAGUCUGACAAAGAGAGUUUUAUUUUCCCUCCGCAUCAGCUGAUAGGCAGCUGAUUGUGGCGGAAUCCGUUUGCCCAAACUUUUCUUUUGGGCCUACGCGUCCGCCUCAUUUCCCCUCCCCCGAGCUGGCUGCUGACCGACGUCUACUUAGAGAGGAAGACGCAAUGAUUGAAGUGAAGAGAGAAACCUUUGGUGAAUGGCCCCUUGGCGGAGGGACCGUGGAAAAAUUCCUCCUCAGAUCCGACACAGUCAAAGUGGAAAUCUUAUCCUUAGGCUGCAUAAUCACCUCCUUGGAGACUAAAGACAGAGACGGAAAGUUUUCAGAUAUUGUUCUAGGCUUUGACCAUUUGGAAGGAUAUAUCGGCAAGAACCCCUAUUUUGGAGCUAUCAUUGGACGGGUUGCUAACAGAAUUGCCAAAGGGAAAUUUGUAGUGGAAGGACAUGAGUACCAGCUGGCCAUCAAUAAUGGACCCAACAGUUUGCAUGGAGGAGUCAAAGGGUUUGACAAGGCUAUCUGGUCUCCUGAAGUCCUGCCCGAUGGUGUCCGCUUUUUCAGAAUAAGUCCAGAUGAUGAAGAGGGAUACCCUGGUGAACUGAAAGUGUGGAUAUCCUAUACACUCAAGGAUGGGGACUUAACAAUCAAUUACAGAGCUCAAACUAGUAAGACUACACCAGUCAGUCUAACAAACCAUGCUUACUUCAAUCUUGGAGGUCAGGGGUCAUCCAAUAUCUAUGACCAUGAAUUUACCAUAGAGGCAGAUUCUUACUUGCCAGUGGAUGAAACUCUGAUUCCAGCAGGAAAGAUCACGCCAGUGCAGGAUACUGCAUUUGACCUGCGAAAACCAAAAGAACUUGGAAGACACUUGCAGAAGUUUCAGUUGAAUGGAUUUGAUCACAACUUUUGUUUGGCCCAGAGAAAAGAACCACAUUUCUGUGCCAGAGCUUAUCAUCCUCCAAGUGGUCGAAUGGUAGAAGUUUAUACAACUGAGCCUGGUGUUCAAUUUUAUACUGGAAAUUUCUUAGAUGGGACUCUAAAGGGUAAAGGGGGCCAGGUCUAUUUCAAGCAUUCUGGUUUCUGCCUUGAAACACAGAACUGGCCAAAUGCUGUGAAUCAGCCUAGUUUCCCAGAUGUCCUGCUGCAUCCAGGAGAUGAAUACAAUAGCACAACAUGUUUCAGGUUCUCUGCAUCUUAAAGGAAAUCUUGUUACAAGUUAAUUUUGCAAAAAUCUUUUAACAGUGAUUAAAGCAGAUUCCAAGUA